CUCGAAUUCCCUCCUUUUACUUUCUUUAAAACAGAGCGAGUAUUGGUAGCUAUUCAAUUGUUCAGGUGGGGAAAAGAAGAAAAGCUAAACUCAGAUUAACUCACCGCCCAUCGCUUCAACUUCGCCACCGGCGGCGGCGCACCGAUUGAUUUUUUUUUUCGUUUACUUUCGAGAUCGUAACAUUAUUUCCAUGUCACCGGCAGUCGAAGAUUUUUUAUCCCCAUCAUCGUCCUCCACACAGCGUUCGUAUUUCCAGAACCCUAACCCUAGCGCUCAGGGACAUUUUACUGAUUCAGCGGAAGCCGCCACUAUUCGUUCUUCGAGGAGGAAACACGUAAAAGUGAAGAAACAAUCCAGCUGUAACGGUCCAGUGAGUAAAAAAACUGAUAAUAGUACACGUGAUACUACUGGUUUCGUGUUCAAUGCGACUACUAGUGGUUCAGUGUUAAGGUCGAGUUUAGGGCAAACGGGAUGUGAUGGGAAUGAUGAACGACAGCGUGAUGGAAACAAGAUGGGUGCAGAAAAGGUACAGAAGAGUGGAAAUAAUUUUCAGCCUGGUGAUUUAAAUUUUGUUUUUGGAGCUGAUGAUGAAAAGGGGGACAUUAGGAAAGCUAGUGAAAGAGGUUCUAAUAAGUUUGGAAAACUUAAUGGUGUGGAUAUUGUGUUUGGUGCGAAUAUGAAUAAUGGUGUACUGAACUCGAAUUCAAGCAAUAUUGGGCAUGAACAUGGGCGUGAAGGUGUAGGAUUGCAUGUAGAUGAUAGUGAAUCUAGUGGAAGAGUCAGAAGCUCAGGACCAGGUGAAGCUGCACCCUCAAUGAAUAGCAACCUAAAGACAGAGAAGAACAAUACAUCAGAUAGCAUAAAAUUUGAAAAUCUGGGCUUUGUGUUUUCUGCCAAUCAUAGAGAUUUUCAGACAGAUUCGAAUAUUGGAAAACAAGAAUCUGAAGAGAAGGUUGACAACUUAGCACCUGAAAGUGCUAACAGGAAUGUAGAUAGUGGAGUAAUUUUUGGAAACAGCCAAGUCAAUGGAAUCUUUCAUAUUGGAACUCAUGAUGGAAAAAAAUCCAGCUUCAAGGGAAACAUGAAAGUUGAUGAUGAAACGAACAUUAUGAAGAGUCAAGGAGCAGGAAGCUCAGAUCACUUAAAGAAGCAAGAGAAGGAUAAUGUGGAUUCUGUUCUUGAUGGUAAUUCCACCUUUGUUUUUGGAAGUAAUCUGUGCAAUGCUUUCGGUGACAACCCUCAAUGUAAAGUCUCCCAUGACACAAAGACUUCAAACAUCCAUGACCCCACAAAAGUCAGUACUACUAAGAAUAAGAUCAAUGAAGCUGGAACAACCAACAACUUCAGCUUUUCAAGCAAAGUUGAUGGAUACAGGGAUUCAUUUACAGGAUUCAAUACACCAGAUAUAAACAUUCCGGUUUCUUUCACAUCAGAUAUGUUUCCUGGUUUAGGUAAGAAGUUAGAAUUCAGUAAAAACAAUUCUGUAAGCCAAAGAAAAUUAAAAAAGACCAAGGCAAAAGCAAGACAACAAUCUAGCAAUCGUCCACAAGUUAUCCUGACUCAUUUAUCUGAAGGAGUCACGCAGUCUUUUGAGGAGUCUCCUGGAUCUUGUUCACCUAUGGAUGUUUCUCCUUCUUGGGGUGCUGACUGUGCACCAACUUCUACCAACCCUGCAACCUCUCAGGUUCAAAAUGAAGAUGCUGUUGAUACUACAGAGAAGCUCAGGGCCCAAAACUUUUCACCUUCUGUUACAUCAUCUGCUAAUGCUGACAUGGCAGUGAGACAACGCCCACAUCAGAAGAAAUAUAAGCUGAGAACUGGUCGUGUUAAUGUGUCCCAUUCUCAUAAACCUGAGCACACGAAGGCUACAGAUCAAGAAACAUGUGACAGUUGGCGAAAAAGGGGAAACGAGGCUUAUAAGAGUGGAAAUUUAUCAGAAGCUGAAGUAUGUUAUUCAAAGGGUAUUAGUUCAAUACAACAUACAGAGACACCUGGCGUUUGUAUACAGCCUCUUCUUUUGUGUUAUAGCAAUCGUGCAGCUACACGUAUGGCUCUUGGAAGAAUGAGGGAAGGUCUAAACGACUGUAGAAUGGCUGCUGCAUUAGAUCCCAAUUUCAUGAAGGUCAACUUAAGAUCUGCAAACUGUCAUUUACUUCUAGGAGAGGUAGAUGAUGCAUCAUACUAUUAUAACAAAUGCUUGGAGUCUGAGGAAAUCGUUUGCUUGGAUAGGAGAAUCACAAUUGAAGCUGCAGAAGGCCUGCAAAAAGCACAGAAAGUCUCAGAUUAUCUGAAGCUGGCUGCAGAGAUUCUUGAACAGAAAACGUACGAGUCAGCAACCAAUGCAUUGGGAACCAUCACCGAUGCUUUGUCAAUAAGCUCCUAUUCAGAGAAACUACUUAAUAUGAAAGGAGAGGCUCUUCUCAUGCUGGGGAAGCAUAAAGAGGUGGUUCAGCUGUGUGAGCAAACCCUAGAUACAGCCGAAAAGAAUUUUUCAUCCGUAUGCAAGAUCUCAUUAAGACUUUGGAGGUGGAACCUAAUGUCAAAAUCCUACUUUCAUUUGGGUAGGCUUGAAAUAGCUCUCGACUUAAUGGAGAAACACGAGCAACUAAGAAGCAAGAUUGUGGGUCCCAAUGAUUCAUUAGCUCAUUUGGCUGUUACCAUUCGUGAACUUUUACACUGCAAGAAUGCAGGAAAUGAAGCCUUUCAGAAUGGUAAGCAUACAGAAGCAGUAGAGCAUUACAGUGCUGCAAUAUCAAAGAGUAUAGAAUCACACUCAUUUGCAGCUGUUUGUUUCUGCAAUCGUGCUGCUGCAAACCAAUCUUUGGGAGAAAUCAUUGAUGCAAUUGGAGAUUGCAGUAUAGCUAUAGCUCUCGACACAAGCUACCCAAAAGCACUUUCGAGAAGGGCCACCUUACUGGAAAUGAUUCGAGACUACAAACACGCAUCUGAUGAUCUUCAAAGACUCAUCUCCAUUCUUGACACACAAUCACAGAAUUCACAAAACUCUCACAAGUCUGCUAGUAAUGGCAGUGUGAAAGAUCUAAGAAGAGCUCGACGUCGUCUUUCUAUUCUAGAAGAAAAAGCAAAAAAAGAAAGAUCCUUAGACCUUUAUCUCAUUCUGGGAUUAAAACCUACAGAUGGAGCAGCAGAUGUUAAAAAGGCGUAUCGAAAAGCAGCUCUGAGACAUCAUCCAGACAAAGUCAACCAACAAUGGAAAGCGAUUGCUGAAUCGAUUCAGAUGGAUGCUGAUAGACUCUUCAAGAUGAUUGGAGAGGCAUAUGCUGUGCUUUCGGAUCCCUCCAAGAGGUCAAAGUAUGAUCUUGAAGAGGAAAUGUGGGAUGACAUGGAGAUAAACGUAGGCAGCAGUAACAGAAGAGGAUCCGAUUUUUUCGGUUCACAAGAAUCGAGAAAGUCGUACGGAUACGACAUCAAGAAAAAGGAUCAUAUUUUUAUUACAUGA